UGGAACCGCAAGAAAGGCGCCAAGGGCAAGCUGCGACCCAGCGACGUGUGGUCGGAAAUGGAUUCCAAGGCCGAUACCAGCAGCCCAGUCUCUCAGCAAGCGCCCACAGUCACCGCUGCUCCCCCUACUUCGAGUGCUGAACCGCCGAAGGAGAGCUCCAACGGCCAUGACCUACCAACAAAGGCAGUGAAAGCAGAAGCAAAGCAGCCGUCUAAGCCCGACACACAAUCCGCUCAGCCUAAAUCACCAGUCGGGGAGAAACGUAGGAGGGAAACAGUGUCAGAGAAGGAAGGAAUGGACACCAAGCGGCGCAAGUCAGGCUCAAAGCAGGGCAAGGCUGCGGACUCGGCUGCAUCAGCAGCAACCGACCCAGCAGCACUUCCACAAAAUAGGCGACAGAUGGUUGAAGUCGUGACGAAAUACCUUGCGCCGAAGAUUAGGGACGCCGUCAAAGCACGCAAAUAUCGAAUCCCUGAUGGCGACACGGCAAUUACCUUGGGCAGUAGGCUGGCUAUGGAGAUUGAUCAUGCUAUGGUGGCGAAUCAUGGUCCCCCGAAAGGCAACGACUCUGCAUACACACUAAAGACCCGAUCGAUCAUGUUUAAUAUGGACAAGAACUUGCUGCUGCUGGACCGCUUGCUGUCGGGAUCGCUUGCCGCCAACGAACUCACAGUAAUGUCGUCCGAAGAGAUGGCAAGCGAGGACAAACAGCGGGAAUAUGCUGCUUUGCGAGAGGAAAACGACAAACAAGUGGUGCUCACGGAAGAGAAGGGCCCUCGGAUGCGGAAGACGCACAAAGGAGAGGAGUUGAUUGAGGAUGACGAGCGUCCCCAUGGAGGUGACGAGUCUUUUUCAGUUCCGGAGAGGCGCCACCGGGAUAGCAUCCAGACCGACCACACCGCAGGAGGUGAUGAAUCUCCUAAGGAGGGAGGAAGCCCAAUGCAAGUGGAGCUACCUGAGGACAUUGGUAGAUCGAUGCCACUCGCCGUCGAUACCACAGCCCCUCCGACAGGUACAGCUGCACGGCAACCGCCAUCCGCAUUCGACGUCAAGAAGAUCUGGGAACACGCUCGCUCUCCCGAUGAGGCAACACAGACUUUCCACCGCCGCCAGAGCUCGAUCGCGCAAGUACAAGAACCACAAGGCCCUGGAGAUGACGCCGAUAUUGAUCGACUUCUGAAAGAUGAGGACGACGAAGAUUCUCCCUUCAAGUCUUUUGGUUAUGGUGGCGAUACCAGCAUCUGCUGGCAGGGCACUAUCGACAUGCCCGCCGCCGGGCCCUUCCAAGCCGUCGCCCGCCUGGUUGCUGGCGCUGAUGUCGGCCAAAAAAUCCCCUGGACCCAAAUGCUCCCUACUGUCAUCCCUAUCACCGGCCGCAUCGACUUCUCAAAGGGAGACGAAUACGUGUCAGGCAUGCGAGGAAGCUCAACUAGCGAUGUCGCUGUACUAUCCGUCAGCCCGGUUAACACCGACGGCCGCGCUCGCCUGGAUCGCCUCUUUGAGUACUUCUACACCCGAGGUCGAUGGGGCGUAGUUCCGUCCGACAAGCUUGGCCAUGAGUCCGCGCGCGACCUCUACGUCGUGCCCGUUCCCGCCGGUGGCAGCUCUCUUCCCCCGUUCCUCGACAUGCUCGAGUACUGCACUAUCGAGACCCCACGCUCCGAGAACCUCCUUCUCCUCGCCCUCAUCGCGCGCACCCAGUCGCCCAACGCGACACCAGGCGGCCACCCAAUCGCCGACGGCGCCUACCCUCACCCCUCAGGCACGCCCACGACCGCUCCUCCACAGAUGUCCCCGAUGCCAGGUGCCCACCCUCAAUUCCCGCCCAACCCCAAUGCCAACUACCCCCCCGGUGGCAACUACGGCAGCCCCUAUCCGCCUCCCAUGCAGCCGUAUGGACAGCCACCCCAGUUCAAUGGCCCUAACGGUCCACCACCUCACCACGCGAACCGUCUCGCUGUGGAUAUUUUCGGACCGUACAUCGAUGCGCCGGUCACGAUUAUGAUGCUGCAGCAGCCCGAUAUCAACGAGGGACAGAUGCGGAGUCUGAAGGCGAUUAUGGAUGCAGAGCCGGCUGCGAGGACGGAUAUGGCCAUGUUGCAGCAGCAUUUGGCGAAGACGAAUGGAGGAGGAUCAGGAUAGGAUGGCUGGCUUUGGGCCAUGUCUGAUAUGGCUUGGAGUAGAGUCUUGGUGUGUUGCAAUGGAAUGCAGUGUGAGAAAGGGACUUGGGUAACGAGGUACGUGUUCACAACGGCAUGUCCAUCCGUCACUGGAUCUUUCUUUUUCUUGCGCUUUCUCUCUUUGGCGACGGCAAUGUGGGCUUUCUGUUGUCACUUCUGAGGUUGGGCGGAGCACGGAGCAUGGUGAUACCACGGCAACUUGUGGAUUUUGGGUUCUUGGGUUCUGGAGCGAAGUAUCUGGCUAGCUGACGGCUGGUUGCGGGACUUGCACGGACUGAAUACUGUGGCGUUGGGGCUUCUUUUCUUUCUGGAGCGAGUGUCUGGCUGCUAUGCGGCUAGAUUGUGGAACUCCGCUGUAUUAUGGCACCUGUUAGGUGCGGUUUGGUAGGGUGAUUAAUGGCAGAUUGAGGGCACG